GCUCACUCGCCUCCGUACCAAGAGCAUCUCACCCUUAGCACUGGGCACUCCACCGUCAUGCCUUCCACGGCGCCUUCGCUGGCAUCGCUGACCUCGACAAUCCCUGGCUUCUUCCAGGAGGCACAGCACUCGGUCGCAAACCAUCGCAAGAAUGCCGUAGCACUCCACCGUAUUCACUCCCAGUGCGCAUCUGUGACAGAGGAGACCAUCAAGGGCACCAAGCUGACCGGGGAGAAGGCUUUCAACACCACCUUCCUCGAAUGUCUCAAUCGUAUCCUGCCCAUCAAGAAGGGCGUUGUACAAGCAGACCGGACCCUCAAGUUCGUCACUGCCUACGUCUCAUAUGCCCAGGCGUCCUUCAGGGUAGCCGCAAGAAAGGAGGCAGGCCGAGAUCUAGACCAGGCCGAGGAGGACGAGGACGACACGGCAGCAACACGAUUUGUCACAAUUCUGUUGAAGCAUGUAGUCAAAGGCUUUACUGCCAAGAACAAGAACGUCCGGGUGAGAUGCUGCCAGACAGUCGCCGUACUGGUCAAUGGCCUCGAAGCGAUAGACGACGAUCUAUACCAGAUGCUCUUGAAUGCCUUGCUACUACGUAUCCGAGACAAGGAAGCACCCGUUAGGGUGCACGCCAUCGUCGCGCUUGCCAAGCUACAAUCAGGAGAAGAGGAGCUGGAGGAUGAGGACGAGGACGAGGAUGAUGAUGGAUACGCAUCCUCGAGUAAGAGUAUCCUGCAACACUUGGUCAACACGGCAAGGCUGGACCCAAACGCCGAGGUCCGUCGCGCGGCCCUGUUCAACCUCCCCAUCAACUACGUCACUCUUCCUUAUAUCCUCGAAAGGCUCAGGGACAUCGAUGCCACGAACAGACGAUGUGUAUAUGUAGGCAGUCUCAAUGGUGGACCUACACAGAAGGGCCCAUUAGCUGAAUUGUCGAGUGAGCAGAGUCAUCAGGUGAUCAAGACUGGGUUGGGAGAGAGAGAAGAGACGGUGUUCAAGGCUUGCAAGAAGCUGAUCAAUGCUUGGACGGACAAGGAUGGAGGCGAAGCUAUCAAGCUGCUCGACCGCUUCGAUGGUCUGACCUAUCCAGAGAGCACCAUGUCCGCCCUCAAGUCAGCCUUUGAGACUCGACCGGGCCUGCUCGACACUGUCACACUUGAUGAUACCUUCUGGGCUAACCUGACGCCUAACACUGCAUUGCUCGCUCGUACGGUGGUCGAGUACCUCAAGUCGCAAGGAAGACUGGGAGAGGCACGCCUCGAGGAGCUGAUGCCACUGGUCAUGGCUCUAGCUUUCCGCAUGCAAGCAGUCUGGUCAGGUCUGAUCCAGCUCCUGACGGAUCGAGCAGACGAGGAAGACGCAGAGGACAUGGCAGCCUCGCAAGCCUCUAUUCUGGACUCUCUCCUGCAUCUUGCCCUCAACUCAGAUUACGGAGAUGAAAUCGGGAGGAGGAAGAUGUUCACACUCAUCCGAGAGAUCAUCUCCCAUCCUGCCCUCCCGCGAGCUCUGAUUGAGCCAUGCACUGACGUUCUGUUAAAGCUGAGCGCUGGACAGAGGGACUUCGUGCGCAUCGUGGUUGAGAUUGUCCAGGAGCUGGGAGAUGAAGACGAAGACGAGGAAGAGGAGAAUGGAGAGGACGAUGAUGAGGCAGAGGUGGAGGGUCUUACACGAGGUCCCGUGCCUAGGCGUCGCAAAUCCGUAGACGGGGAAACACCAGAGGUCACAGCUGAGAGAAGAGCAGCUUCAGACGGCAGGCGUCUUCUGCUCGUGCGAGCUAUGUUGGAGCGAAUGGCCAGCAACUUGCACGAGAACACUGCGAUCCAUGGUCUGAUCCCUCAGCUGAUUGCACCUGCCGUGCGUUCGAAGGAUGGGCAUGUCAGAGAGCAAGGGCUCUUUUGUCUCGGUCUCUGCUGUCUUCUCGAUGCCAAGCUGGCCCUCGACACUUUCCCACUAUUCCUCGAUCAAAUCCAGAGAGCUGAAGGAUCGAUCAAGCUACGAGCCACACAGGUAGUCUUUGACUGCAUGCUCGUCCACGGCAUCCGCUACCUUUGCUCAAGACAAGCUGAGGCGGUCGGUGGAGGUCCGGAAGCGGAGGCCUUGGCCUACUCCCAGAUCAUAGGCUUCCUCCUUGGCUUGCUCGAGGAUGAUGAUGAAGCAAUCCAGGCCGUCGCUGCAGAAGGGAUGGCCAAGCUUAUGUUGGCAGGCAUGGUGGACGACGACGAGGCUCUGAGAAGCUUGGUGUUGGUUUACAUGAGCCCUGAGUCCAUCUCGAACCAAGAGAUGAGGCAGUGCUUAAGCUACUUCCUGCCCGUCUAUUGCUUUUCGAGCAGUACCAACCAAAGGAAGCUGCAAAGGGUCCUGGUCCCAGUCCUUCAAGUCCUCACUGAAGUCUACUACGAGGUAGGCCAUGAGAGAGAAAUGACCACCCCAAUCCAAGUUGGCUCGCAACUCAUCGACUGGACAGACCCAUCGAAGGUAGUCAACUUGGCAGCAAAAGACCGAAGUCUGCACUUUGACGUGGCCAUUGACCUUCUACAGGCGCUCUUUUCCCUUGAGGCAAAGGAAGAGAGGAAGACGGUUGUACAGCUGUUGCACAAGCUCACUCUUCCCGACGUCGAACAUCUUGAUGCUGCGAGGGGGAAGACGCUCUUCCUUCUUUGUGCAAAGCUCAAGGAGGUCUCGCCCUUCGAGGAUACGACGACACGCAACUCCUUUGUCAAAUUCGAGGCUACGUGUGCUACCAAAUACUCUGCAUACGCUUCUGCAGCCAGGGAAGCCGACUUGGAGACGGAUCUAGAUCUGGAGAAGUUGCGCGAGUUCUUUGAGAGCUGCGAAUUGAGUCUGGCCAUUGACGAAGGAGACUUUGCGAGGGCGUCGGUCGCUCCUGAGGACGCAGAAGAGAGAAGCGCACCUAGCAGCAGUAGGGCACGGUCAUCGGCGACGACGGCUGCUAGGAAGCCUAGGGGAAAGGCGGCAGCGGCUGCGCCUUCUUCGCGAGGUAGCGCUGCUUCGGGCAGGGGUAAGACUAAGGCGUCGGCGCCUGCCAAGGGUCGCAAAGGAAGAAAGCGACCCACUACGAGUGAAGAAGAAGACGAAGGUGAAGAGGAGGAAGAGGACGAAGACGAAGACGAGGAAGAAGAGGAAGUGGUCUCCGUCAGCAAUAGGCGUAGUGCAGUUCGAGGCGCGAAUAACAAGCGAUCCGCCCCCCGCUCUGUCUCCAGGGACAUCGAGGACGAGGAUGACGCGAGCACAGAGGCCAGCACGGCGGGUGGCGCCGAGUCCUCCGAGGAUGAGUUGGGCUUGUGAGCUUCCCGUACUACACAAGUCAAGCCCGCCUGCGUUGCGCAUUCGUCGUCUCCUCUAUCCCUUUUGCACCUCUGUCCGUCCCCUCUUGUACUUGUAGCUGUACCGUCUGUCGAAUCUGUUUCGGCGAACCAACCUUGUGCCUCACC